CAAAUAAUUUCCCAUUACAUCUACCAUAGCCCAGUGGCGGCUAAUGCCGCUAGAAACUCAGAUGUCAAGAUACCGAUACUGUCAGUGGUGUUCAAGGGCUUGUCAACAGCUUGGUUUUUAUGUGACGUUGAAGUGCUUCACAAAAUAUAUAAGGUUGGUCAAUUGUUGUUUUGUAAUCUGACGUCAAAUGUUGGCAGAAAAACUGGCAAGGCAGGUCAAGCACACCAUUGAGUGAAUGUGGUGUGGAAGCUUGUUACCAGUAAACUUUUGUUUUGUAGCCUUUGAUUCACGGCACACAACGGUGAGAUGCUGAAAAAACUAUUCUGCUGCCUUUUGCUUUUAGGUCUCUUUUCUAUCUCAGUAUAUUGCUGGUAUCAACUGCUGCCCAGUUUAAAUGAUACCCAAAGUGAAGAUGGAUUAAUUAAAUCAGGAGUCUAUUACAGAGUUAUCCGCUUAGAGUCAGACUUCUGGAAAGAACAAAUAAUGAAAGAAAAUGAAACUACAGAGACCAAAACCCACAAGACCCCCCUUGUGACCGAAGAAUUAAAGAAAUGCCCAGAUCCCUCUCCACUUCUUGUGGGGCCUCUCAGGGUUGAGUUCUCUACGCCAGUCAGCUUGGACACAGUGAGGAAGGAGAACCCAGGUCUGCAGGAAGGAGGUCGCUACAAACCACAUGACUGCGUCGCCCUCCAGAAGGUUGCUCUCAUCAUCCCCUUCCGCAAUCGCGACAAUCACCUCAAGUUCUGGCUCUACUACCUCCAUCCCAUCCUUCAGCGCCAACAGCUGGACUAUGGUGUCUACGUCAUCAAUCAGGAUGGAGAGAACACGUUCAACAGGGCCAAGCUGAUGAACAUUGGCUAUGCUGAGGCCCUGAAAGAGUAUGACUACGACUGCUUUGUGUUCAGUGACGUGGACAUCAUCCCCAUGGAUGACCGCAACACCUACAAAUGCUUCAGCCAGCCCAGACACCUGUCUGUCUCCAUGGACAAGUUUGGUUUCAAUUUGCCCUAUAAUCAGUACUUUGGCGGUGUCUCAUCAUUGAGUAAGGAGCAGUUCCUGAAAGUCAACGGCUUUCCCAACAACUACUGGGGCUGGGGUGGUGAAGAUGACGACAUUUUCAACAGGUUGAAUAACAGAGGAAUGUCCAUCUCUCGUCCGGACGGCGUAGUCGGACAAUGCCGGAUGAUCCGUCACAAAAGAGACCAAAAUAACAACGCCAAUCCUCAGAGGUUCAAGAGAAUAGCUCACACGUUAAAGACGAUGGAUACCGAUGGCCUCAACUCUCUCGGGUACAAAGUUGUCACAGUUGAAAAGCAUGACCUGUUCACAAAGAUUACAGUAGAUGUGGGGACGCCACCCAAAGAAGAAGACAUGGACAAAGAUGAAUGAUGGAGAGAUGAACAAGCAGGGCCAGAUUCGGGGCCCCACACACAAAAACAAAAUAUGUAUAAUUAUUUUAAAAAAUUGGGGGGGGACAGCGAAUUUCCUUAAAUGAAACACAAUUCACACAGAGAACAAUGUGCAGUUUUAUCAUGCUAUUCUACACAUUUUCUCAUGAGGCUGAGAGAAAACUUAGCAGAUUCAAAGCUAAU